AUGGCUGCGCAGCGCGCCUCCUCCGUCCAUAUAGCCAAUGUUUCUCCCACGUCGCCGUUGCCGUCAGUACCACCGUCAACUCCGAUGUCCACCUUGACCCGGGUCUCAAAGUCGCCCAGGCAGUCAAAGACGAGCUCUGGAGUAGAGGUGUUAAGUAACAGUCCAAGGCUGCCUCCCUCCGCCUGCUCCCAGGACACGUUACCCCUCGCUGUGUUUUAUGGGCCCCUGGACGCUAAAAAUCCGCUUCUAGCCUCCUUCGAGAAGGAGAUCCGGGAGUUACUCGGCUUUAUGAAGAGAAAGGCGACUAUAGCGAUCACAGAGGAGAAGUUGCAUGAAUUCCAACGGCGUUGUACCACCUCUUUGUUUAAUAUCUGGACCAAAUAUGCCCCUCGGCUGCCAGUUGCCUAUUAUAAUCAAAAGCUUCUGAAGGUUGGAGAUAGCCUUUGUGAAAUGAAAUUUCACGCUUUAAACAACAAAAAUAUUUGCUGCUACCAGCUGGUCUGUGACAAUGAUGCAAACCUGCAGAAUAAAGAAUCUGUGGUCCAGUGUCUGCAAAUCUUGUCCUCUCUCAGACUCAUCAUGCAGGUGGCCCUUCCCCAGGAGCACCUGUCCUGGAUCGUCUACAAUGGUACCAUUUACAUUUACACUGUUUGCCGAAAACUGAUGGCCAGCGGUCAGUCUUCAAAGGUGUUAGAGUACCUCCUGUGGGCCAGUAUGUGCAUGGAGUCCUCCGUUCCGCUCCUGUCGGUCAGGUACUUGACGUGGAGGGCCACCCUCUACACUGCCGUCUGCCAGUGCUACUACGACUGCAAAAGUGGUGUUCAUGGGGAGGCAUUUGCUCGGCGUGCCUUGGGGAAAAUUGAUGAGUUGAGACAACUGGAACUAAUGAGUUCCACACAACAGCAGGAAGACUCUAGAAGAUAUUAUAGAGAGGCCACGAUAAAGAUGGCAGUGAUGGUCUUCAAAAGGGGAGUGUUUGAGUCUCGAAGAAAGAACAAAACCAUUUUUAGACCAAAGCAAAGAGUCAACCUGAAGGAAGUACAGACACUGCCGUGGCCACGGACCCUCACUGAACGGUUGUUGGAUGAGAUGUUCGACAGCAAUGCAGCUCGGUUUCUGGCCGUGUUGGAAGCUCUCUCGGAUUCACACAGGCGAACGCUGCAAACAGGACCUUUUGCUACAGAGGAAGUGGAGCUUCGUGAUGUUGUGGCCGAACUGUUUGUCGCAGGAAAGGAACUCUUAAUCGCUUUAAAUACUGACACACAUGGAAUGCUUGGAUUUUCACAAACAUCUUUGAUGGAAUGUAUUAUAGAAAGAAAAAAUAACAUUUCUCUAGAUGCUGCUGUGAGAUUUAUAAAGUUAGCUUUUAACUAUGAAGAAUGGAGUUUAUUUGAAUCAGCUGCCUCACAAUUUCUCUGCUAUCUCCAGAAGCAAGAUCAUCCAGAAGCAAAGCAAGCAGAGAUGGAUUUAACGCUUCUUCUUGCAAUAGAACCUCUAAUAAAUGUGAAGAAAAGCAAAGGUUUGGUCUUCCCUUUGGAAAGCUUCAAAGAGGGAGAUUGUAUUCAAGCAUUUACAAGAAAAGUCCCUAUUCACAGUGUUUGCAUGAAAACUCUUGGAUAUUCAGAAGAUAUUUUCCAGUUGGCAGCAACAUUAUAUUCCUGUCUCUGCAACUCUUCCCAGAAUGUUCAGCCUGAUAAGGAAAUAGUUGUGGAUAUGAUAAUGUUCCUGUGGCAGAGAUGCAAAUUAGGAAUUCAGCGACUCAAUAUGUCAAAAAAUGAGUCUUCAAAACUUACCCAGAAAAUCAAUACUAACAAGUGGGUUUAUCUUCUGUGGCUAAUAAAUGAAAUAAUUCAUUGCUGUAAAAUGGAAGACAUCGACAUUGUGGUGGUUGCGGAGAUCACUCUACGCUUAUGUGAAAUAUUGGAGUAUUUAGGAAACCACAGGAGAAAACAAAAAAAAUAUCCAGAGCUGGGCUUUGGUGAAUAA